UCCACUGAUUUACACAUUUUAAGACGCGCCAUUACGAAAUACAGAAAAGAACACAGACGAUGAAUUUAAACACCUGAAAAUUCGUCUAUUAGGAAAUUUCUGAAUUUCUAAUGAUCCUCUCCCUUACAUAAGUUCAUGGUUACCUGAAGAAGGGAGAGGGAACCCGGUCCUCGGUUACACGAACGGUUCAUUGACAAUCCAAGUGUGUGAUCUCAUAAGCCUCACCGGUAAGAGUACGUUCGCGAUCAAGUAAACGCCAGUAGCGGUAAUCCGUGGUGUUGUGGAAGUAACUGUAGCAGUAGGGGUCUAACAUGUGUUUGGUCCGGGUACCUGUUAUACGGUCAGUCAGUCGGUCAUCGUCUUUCGCUCGUAUUCUAUGAAGAUUCAAGAAAAUCACGAAUGUUCGUACAUCGAGAGAUUCGAAAAUGAUCCUCAGAUACUUCUCGAUUCGUCUAUUGCAAAUGGCAACCCUGAUCAGCGUGUCGUUCGCGUCGGAAGUGCGAUGGACCGUUUUAUCCUGGAUGUCCAGCGGUAUUUGCACCAUGAUCAUCUUCCCGUCGAGCACGCAUCAGUGGUCCCUGCUGGGUCUGAAUUUUUGGUCGACCGUCGAGAAACCAUCGAACGAUUUGAACAGUAAUCCAAUCUCGAGGGUUCUGAACUUCUUUCCAACCCCGGUGCAAGAAGAGUGCCUAUCGCAGGACAAACGACGACGAGGAGUAUGCAUGAACACGUAUGAGUGCCGCAUUCAACAAGGGAAAUCCCAUGGACGAUGUGCUCUCGGUUUUGGCGUGUGUUGCAUAUUCACGGCAACCUGCGAACAGGAGGUACAAAAUAAUCUGACCUACGUGAUCAGCCCGGGUUUCCCCAACCUCAUUGACUGGCCCAUGAACUGUUCAGUGGUCGUACAGAAGAUCGAUAGGCAGGUCAGCCAACUCAGGAUCGAUUUCGUCCACUUCAACAUAGGUCAACCCAACUCCAGAACGGGCGUAUGUGACGAAGAUAUCAUGGAAAUCAGGAAUGGUAGGAGCGUGUUUCAAAUGUGCGGCUGGAACAGUGGUCAGCAUUUGUACAUAGACCUGGAUGAGAACAGGGAGCCAUUGACAUUAGACUUCCGCUUGCCCAGGAGUCUUCAACCCCGAAUGUGGGAAAUCAGAAUCGUUCAAUUGGCUUUCGAGCAACGUGCACCUACGGGAUGCCUGCAAUAUUUCCAGUCGGUUAACGGGACUCUGAAGACGUUAAACUUUCUGCUGAACGGCAGAUUUCUGGCGGACCAGGACUAUCUCAUGUGCAUUCGACAAGAAAGGGGCAUGUGUGGAAUAGCGUACAUGCCUUGUUCCGCGGAUUCUUUUAGAAUUGGACCUCCAAGGAUGCGGAUGGAGAACAACGCGACGGUCAUCCAGCAGGGAUCAAAUGCGACUACGAACUCGAAUACGAAUGCGGUUUCUGGGAACAACACGGACGCGGAUAUCGAGGGAUCGGGUACGAAUCCUAUGGACGGAGAUGCUGCUAAUAUGACGAGCAUGGGACAAGCCUUGUCAAGUGUCUUUGGUCAGGAACGGUGCAGGGACAGGGUGCUGAUUCCUUGCGAUUUUGAAGAGUUCAUCACGCCCGGAAACAACGAAGCUGGGAUUUGCAAUCUUGAACACUGUGGUAACACUUUGUGCGAUCGAAACGAGCUGGACGAAGAAGGUAAUUGUCGAGUGGAGACUUGGGCAACGCCCUUUCGCAUAAGGGUGGCUUUUGGUCCUGGACAGGACACAGGAACCACGCUCGAGGACAAUAUUGGCAUGUGUCUCAUGUACGAACAGCUACCCUGCAUCGCUUGACCAACUUACCAUCAUGAAUUAUUGCAGAACACGGUCAGGAUUUAUAGAUAUUAUUUAAA